CCAAGGGUUUUAGUCCAAAAUGAAAAACCCCGAAGCAGAAACAAAAGAGGUGAAUCUUUGAUUUUGGUAUUUCAAAUAUCUCGACAUUUUCUCUUCUGGCAAAGAUCCCAAUGGCAUCCUUUGGCGCCGCCGCCAGAUCAAUUGUCCGAUCAAGCUCUGCUCGCAACGCUGCGGCUCGGCUCGCCCCCCAAGCCAAAGCCAAUGCCUCUCCUUCGCCGUUUCGUGUCUCCUCCAGAAUUCCUCUCUCCAACCGCAUUUUCAGGUGUCCAGUUGAAGCGAGUUUUUGCGUGGAAUCGAUGCUACCGUAUCACACGGCAACUGCUUCUGCUUUGAUGACUUCGAUGCUCUCCAUUUCUCGCCGCAGCUAUGGUUGGCUUCCUGAAGGUAUCUAGGAUAGGACUGCCUUGAUGUUCUAUUCUUCCUUUUAAUUUCUGCUUGCAAUGAUGAUGUGUGACUAAUGUUCAGAGGGUUGGACAAUUCUCCCUUCUAAGAGAGUGACUGCAGAUAACAUAGAAGUUUUAAGUGAGCUGAUGAGGAGCCAAGUUGAAUUCCUAAACUUUCAGACCUAGAUGGACCAGUAGAUGACUUUACUCUAUAGCUCCAAAACAGAUGCGAAUAUUCAGUCAAUUCUUUUUAUUGCCUUUUGUAGCUCAUAGACAUUGGGUGCAAAAAUGUAUUCCAAACUAUUGAUUAAUGUUAGCUUUCUUAGUUUUAACUUUGUUUCAUUUGUUGAAGCUAAUAUGAUUUUAAAGCAUUGUAAUGAUAUCCUGUAUGUCAAGUGGUUGCAAAAAUGUAUUGCAGAUAUUUGAAUAAAAAUGAAAAUGAUGCUUGAUGAA